GAAGAAGAAUAAUCAACGCGCAUCUGGCAGCACAGUAAGCCAGCCCCGUGUGUGUACCUCCUCACCGCUGCUAGUCUGGGCUUAUACCCGGCAUUUUUUAGGGCUUUUGGGCUCCUAAUAUCAUCAAGGCCACUCUAGGAAGACGGCAUUUACACUUAAGAGCCCGAGGAGUGUGUAUCCCGCCCUGGCCUGUCUUGACCCGACCCGGCCUGCGUCACCUGCCUCGGCCUACCAUGAAUGAACGAUGAACAUCCCAUUACCAGAUGAGAUCCCUCUCCCUGGGGGGGGCAGCACUCCCCAGGGCCCCCCACCUCCUCCCAUCCUCCGGGGCGCCCCGCUCCUCCCCCAGCGGCCGCCCCCACAGAUCAUGCUGCCCCCUGGUCCUCCACCAAACCUUUCCCUCCCCCCACCAGUCUUCACCCUCCCCCCACCGUUCCUGGGCCCACCGCCGCCCCGCCCUGCUCCGCCCCACAUGCCGGGGAUGUUUAGCAGGAUGCCGGCGGGGGCGGGGCAGAUGUAUGCAGCCCCACCCCAGGAGAGGUAUUCCCCAAGCCGCGUCACUGCUGAUGAUGACGAUGCUGCCCCUUCCCCAAGCCCGAGCCAAACCCCGAUUCUCCCCACCCCGGACAUCUCCAAGCCACCCCCAAGCCUACCACCGCCCUCAUCCAGCAUCACCUCCUUAAUGACCACCACAACCACCACCACCACCACUGCUGCCAUAAGCCUCCCAACCUCGGCUAUCCCCACACCAGACAACACCUCAACCACCACCACAACCACCACCACCACCACCUUCACAGCCCAAGCUAAAGUUCCCUUGCCCAAACUCCUCGGAAGCAAGGAAGCGAAAAAACGUCUCCUCGCGUUCUCCGGGAAAGGGAUGAAAGUUCCCUCGUUCACACUGGCAAAGGUCGCACGGCCGGCCACCAACUCAGCCUUGUCAGGGGAGGACGACGAGAGCGGGAAGAAGGGCGUAACCACAAGUGCGACUGGGGUGGGGAAGAAGAAGAAGAAGGAGGAGAAGGUAUCCAUCAUCGAGCAAAUUCGGGACGAGGAAUCACGUCUCAAGGAAGCUCUCGGACUCAAAAACAUGAUAUUCAACCCCUAUGGACCUGGCCUAGCACCCAUCGCUAAGCUGCUAGACAACCCGGAGGAGCUGCGUCGCUUCGAGAGCCGGGGACGCAAUGUAAAAGUUCGCCUCGAAGAGUACGAAGCGCGCCACAGCCACCGCCCCAAGGAACACAAACACAGGGAACAUGUACGCCCACAACGCCCCAAGGAUAAAACACACGGACCGCAGACCACACACACCCACCCCACGACAGACGACCGAUCCCAAGCGGACACCCGAGGCAAGGACGAGCCCCGAAGUGAGCCCCGACGAAAGCCCCGGCGCGUCCCAAAAUCGUGGAAGGAGUUCAAAGCGGAGAGAUUUGACUUCGACCUUCUCCGUCAGGUUCGCCGGGAGCAGAUGAGGCGAAGGAAUAGAGGGGGGCAAAGCGGGUCGGUUUUCGAGGACCCCCGGAUGAUGUACCCCGUUAAAGCGAAGAGUCUGAGCGGGGGGGAUAAGGAUUUCCCCGCCAAGCUUAUCCAUGUCACGAAUACACGCCCGGAAAUCACAUACGCAAUAAAUUCGUCAAGGUUCCGAGCGCACUUCUACACACGCCGCGAAAUGAAACAUCGCCACCCUCAGGAAUGGCCGAUGCUAGAGUCCUUCUGGUCCGCCCCAUACGCCCCGGACACCCUCCCCACGCCCCGCCUUGAAACCCGCAUCUGGUACCCCAAACUGGAUGACUGGGGAGAGCUGUCGGUUGAGUCCCCAGUUCGUAAGGUCAGGUCCGCUACCCCUGCCCUGUCCCCUGUUCAAGAUCGCGACGAACCGAAAAUCAGGAACGGAAAGGAGAGGGAGAGAGAGAGGAGGAGAGAGAUCGAGGAGGAGGAGGAAGAAGAGGAGGAGGUAGACAUUGUGAAGAAGAGGAAGAGGGAGAAGGAGGAAACGGAUAACGAGGAGGAGGAGGAGGAGGAAGAGGAAGAUGAGGAGGAGGAGGAGGAGGAAGAAGAGGAAGAGGAGAAGGAAGAGAAGCCAUCCACCGUGCCAAUGGAAGAAGAGGAAAUGGAUGAGUUUACCCACACAAAAACAUUCUCCGAUUGCCUGACAGAAGAAUACGAAGCCUUCCUUAUGAUGGUGGAUGGAGGGUUGACCAAGGAGGAGAAGGAAGAGUUCACCAAGAAGGAGGAGGUGGAGAAACGAAUGGAGAAGGAGGAGGAGGAGGAGGAGGAGGAGGAGGAAGAUGAAGAAGAGGAGGAGGACGACGAUGAAAAGACAUAUGAGAGUUACAUGAAAACGAAAGAGGAAGAGACUCGUACAAAAUCACGGAAGGCAGAGAAAGAGGAGGAGAAGAAGAAGGAGAAGAGAGAGAAAUCAGAGGAGGAAGAGGAGGAGAGACUGGAGAGAAAGAGGAAGCAGAAGAAAGCAAAGAAGAAGCAGAGAGCAGAAUACAAGGCAAAGAAGAAGGCGAAGAAAAAGCUGAAGAAACAGAGAGAGAAAGAGAGAGAGAGGGAGAAGAAAGCAAAGAGGAGCAAGAAGGAGAGCGAGUCUUCCUCAAGCUCGGCGGAGGAAAGCGCGUCGGAGGAGGAAGAUGAGGAGGAGGAGGAGAGAAAACAGGAGAGAAAGGAGAAGAAGAGAAAGCAGGAACGCAAAGCAGCGGCCCUCCGAGAAAAGGAAUGGAGAUUGAAGGAGGAGAGGAAGAGAGAGGAGGAGGAGGAGGAAGAGGAACGUCGACAGGAGCGUAGGAGAUACGAGAAAGAGUGGAGGGAGAAGGAGGAGAAGAAGAGAAGAGGGAGAGAGAUGGAGGAAAGGCAUAAAGAGAGGGAGAAUGUGAUGGAGGAAAGGAGGGAGAGAGAACACAUUGAAGAGGAUUUGAGAGAAUGGAGAGAAAUGCUGAGAGAACAGAGGGACCGGAGGGAGGAGAGAAGAGAUGGGAGGAAGAAAGUGGAGAGAGAGAAACUUGAGAUAAAGAAGGAAAUAGAGGAGGAGGAGGAAGAGGAAGAGGAGGUUGUGAAGAAGCUUGUAACAUAUGAAACGGAAGAAGAAGAAGAAGAAGAAGAAAUUGAAGACAGAAGAGGAGGAAGAAGAUUUAGCAGAGACUCGGAAAUAGAUGAAAGUCCGUCCUACACACCUCCUAGAAUGGAAGUGAAGAAGGAAGAAGAGGAGGAGGAGGAAGAGGAAGAAGAGGAGGAGGAGGAAGAGCCCCCAUCUCCAGUCUCCUCCCCGGACUUCCCCUUGGAGGAUGACAAAGAGGAGGAAGAAGAGGAGGAGGAGAGGAUCCGAGCAGACAGCUGGGAGAGAGAGAGUAGUGGAAGGAGGAGUGGCAGUACCUCCCCGACCUUCACUCCGCGGGGCAGCAGCCGGGGCAGCUUGGGGCAAACCUACCCCGCCAGCGACACCUCGGGGUACUGUGAGCUGACCCCAGACUCCCAUGCCAUGAAGGAGGUCAGCUUGGAUGAGAUCCCCUACCCCGCCCCGUGCAGUGCGCCCCGCCCCGCCAGUGAGAGUGAGCGCUACAGCCCCUCCAACAUGUCCCUGUCCCCCAGCCCCUCCCCCCCGCCCCACUGGCCCGUCCCCGGCUCCCCCCAGCUGGUCUCCAUACCCAUCCCCCGCAGCCCUUCCCCGGCCAGCCCCGCCCCCGAGGCCGACAUCAACAAGAUACCCAUGCCGCCCCGCCCCGCCCCGGCCCAGACACCUGCCCCCCUUGCAGAGCAGCGCCCCUCGCUGUCAUCCCCUGCCCCGCCCCACCCUGCCCCAGGAAAAGCCUCCCCACCCCAAGACGUUCCCCCGGUGGUCCUGCUGGCCCCAGACGCUAUCCCUGUCCCCGGCCUUGGCCCCGGCGGGGGUGGGGGGGGUGAGGGGCUGCGUCUCUCCCGUCCCGGACUCAUCACCUUCCGACUGGGGGGCUCCAAGGGAGCCUUGCGUCUGCCCCGCCCCGGCCUGAAGGGCUUUGGGGCUGCAGAGGAGGAGGAAGAGGAGGUGCGAGCCCCCCCAGGGGGUGACCCCAUGGGUGAGAAGUCCCAGGAGCCCUCCCAGGCCCAGCCCAGCCCUGGCACCCCAGAGGCUGACAGCAAGUCCCCGCCCCGCCCCGCCAUGCAUGCUCAGAAGCUGCCUGCCCCAGAAGAGUCACUACCCCCCAAGGCCCCAUCCCCGUCACCCUCCCCCAGGGAGCGGCAGCCCCCUGCUCGCCCGUCACGCUCACCCCGUCGCAGCCGGGGCAGGUCACCCCCAGCCCGCCACAGGUCACCACCCCACCCCAGCCCCGGCAGAGACAAGUCCCCACCACGGGAGUCCCCCAGUGACAGGGGGCGUGGCUCCCCCCGGCCCCGACGCCCCGCUGGCCGGGCACGCUCACCUCCCCGGGGCAGGACACCACCCCGCAGCAGGACACCGCCCCGUAGCAGCAGGUCACCACUGCCCCGCAGCCGUAGCCCUGCCAGGACUAGGACACCUCCGCGGGGCCGCUCACCCCCCCGGGGCAGGAGCCCCUACAAAAACAAGUCUCCUCCGCCACGGGGCAGGACUCCCCCCAAGACCAGGUCUCCCCCAGGGCGGGGCCGCUCUCCCCGGCGUGGUGGCUCUCCCGUGCGUUCCCGCAGCCCCAUCAAGAGUCGUUCGCCCCGGCGGCCCCGUGACUCGCGCUCCCGCAGCUGGUCCCCACGGCGACGGCGGCGCGCCGGGGUUGCCAGUCCUGAGCCCCGGCGUGGGAGGGGCGACAUGCGGGGCAAGGCCUCCCCCCCUAGGCAGGCCAAGGGGCGGCGCUCCCCCCCUCCCCCCCGCCGCUACCACAGCCCCGGCUCACCAGACAACCGCUACACCUCCAGCUACCUGCCCAGCGCCCCACACCGCUCCGCCUCCCCUGCCCCGCCCCGCCCCUACCACCAUGGCCCACACACCCCUGAGCGCCCCUCCCCCCCAGACACCUACUCUAAUCGGGGCCACCACACCCCUGACAGCUCCCCGCCCUCAGAGGCGCGCCAGUACCGGGUAAGCCCCGCUGGACAGUACCGGGGCAGUGUCAGCCCCCCUUUCAACCGCACCUCCUCCUGGAGCCCCGGCGCGGAGCGCCGUCCCAGCCCGGCUGGGUGGCGCAGCCCCCACUUUGCCCACCGCUACUCCCCACCGCCCCGCGACCGCUGGAGCCCCCCGCCCCACUCCCCCCGCCGUGGCCCAAGGUCACCGGAGCGGGGCCACUCCCCCAGCCACUCCCCUGGGCUCAGGCCGUCCCACCACUCCCCGUCCCCCCGGGAUGAGCACUACCCCUAUGAGAGGCGGGGCUGGGAGGGCAGGUCAGGCUCCUGGGAGUGGGAGCAGCACAGCCCCCGCGGGGUGAGGCGGGGCGGGGCCACCCUCAAGACAGCUGCAGACAGCACCAUCAGUGACUCAGAGCUGUCCACCUCCACCACCACCGCUGCCUCCACCACCUCCACCACCAGCACCUCCACCACCACCACACAGCCCCGCCCCGGCCAGGCCCUCACCCCGGGCCUAGCCUCACCCAAGGACUCACCCCGCCGCCCCACGUUGGAGGAACGGCUGCGACGGGAGCACGGCGUCCAUCUGCAACAACAACAACAACAGGUGUAUGGGUGGGCCUCCUACCCCCCCUCUGGCCCUGCCCCGCCCCAGCAGCCCCACUCCCUGCAGUUCCAGUACCCAUACGAUAGCGGGGAGGGCAGUGGUUCCAUCGACGGGGCCAGCGUCACCCAGGGGCAGGCAAGACGGGGCCAGGGUGCCGGGGCCGACGCCAGCGGGGCCUCCUCCAACACCUCUCGGGUCAUACAGGUCGGCAACAUGCUCCAGGUUUUGCCCCAGGACCCAUCUGUGCCCCCGCCCCAUUCCCCCAUGAUCGUGCAGGCCGGGAAUGUUAUACAGGUCGUACCAGCGGACAACAUGCAGAUGCUCGGUGCCGCAGCGGAGGUGGUUGGCGUGGGCGGCGUCAUGCAGGUCGUGGGGGUCUCCAGCUCACCCCCCACACCCACCCUGGCCCCCACCCCAAUCCCCGCCCCCCAGACCCCGACCGCUGCGACCCCACAGGCCACCACAGGGAAAGUCGGGGUCACGGUGCCAGUGGUUCAGGUGUCACCCCAGCCCCUUCCCCCGGCCACCACCACCGCAACGCCGCACGCACCUGGAUUACCGGUUGCGCGCCUGAUCUCACUACUGCAACAGCAAAUUCCGAGCAUCAGCGAUGGAGACCUGGUCGAUCCUGAGAUUGCGGCCGCAGCGAAGGAGAAGGAGAAGCAGGCCAGGAGGGAGAGGAAGGAGAAGAAGAGGAGGGAGAGGGAGGCGAGGAGGGAGGCAAGACACAGGGAGAAGGAGAGAAAACGGCUUCUUCUUCAGCAGCAACAACAUCAACAACAACUCGCGGCUGCUAUGGAGGAAGGCGAAAAGCAGUCAUCUGAUACUGAGGACGAGAUGUUGUUUAGGGAAGCCAUGUCAGAGGUCCCAGUGGUCGGGUCUCCCAUUCCUGAGUAUGAGGUGCAGGGAGAGGAGGAGGAGGAAGAUGAGGAGGAGGAGGAAGAGGAGGAUGAUGAGACAAGGAGGAGGAAGAAGAGGAGGCUGUUACCUGUUGCCCUGCCACCCGCCGACAAGGGGAUUUUAAUGAGCCCAUCGUACAGGUCACGCGAGGACUACUGCCCCAAGACUGUCAAGUUUGCUGACGGUGUUCUGCCCGGGGAAGGAACGUCUCCGAGCGGUGGGGAGGAGAUCCACUCCCCGCCACCCCCCAUCACCGGCACCAAGGGUCUGACGGGGAAGAAGAGGGAGAAGAGACUGAGGAAGAAGAGGAAGAUGAAAGUCAAAGUGAUAAAGCUGUACACCCCAGAGCAGCCAUCCUCGCCACCCCCGCCCCCGCCUGGCUCCCCACCCUUCACCGCCCUCAAGCUGUUCCCCGGCUACACCCACUACAGCAUCGCGGCUCAGGGCACAGCUGUUAUAUACACACAACAACACCUACAAAAGCAAUAUGCUUUCAACACAGGUGGAGUGGCCCUUCCUGGAGUUAUGGUGGCAGGCGGAACAGGAGCGGCAGGGGCAGGCGGAGGGGUAGCCACAUCUCCCACCACAACGCAGGGAGUGUAUGGCUACCCAGGUUAUGUGUACACCACGUUAUACUCCACCUCGCCGAUGCAGUAUGUCCUCCCAACCCCUACGGCCAUUGCAGGAGGAGGAGGAGGAGGAGGAGGAGGAGGAGGAGGGAAGAAGAAGAGUGAAGAUUAGAACAUGGAGAAGUGGGAGGUAAGAGAAGCAAAGAUUAGAAGGAGGAUGAUAAGCAGGAUUAGUUACACACACACACACACACACACACACACAUGCACAGCUCCUCACAAAGAGUUUAGUUUAGAUUUGAAACCCUGUGAGCUUUUUGUAGCACAGAGAGAAUGGAAAGGAUUUGAUGCCUUGAGUUUGUAAUGUUAAUAGUAUUUUAAGGAAAAGAAGCGUGUGACCUUGGUUCUGAAAUAUACGUAACGGGCAUUUUGCUGUCAUUUGUAUAUUUGUGAGUCAGCAGAGUUGUGUGGCUGAUGGAGCCGCUUUCUUUAAACUCUCCUUACAGUGAGCAAGUUUUGUUUUAUCAUCACCUUCACGACGUGUUUGAAAGGCGUUUAUCAGGGGCUCUCAACCUGUUCUCCAACUUGUACUGGCUGACCGGCACCCCAGUAAUCCAACACCCAAUACAGAAUGCUGGUGUAUCAAAGGUGGUUCAAGAUGCGGUACACCAUGCCACAAAUUGAUGAAAUUGUAGUGACUUCAUGAAACAGUUAAGCACUAACACCAUAAAGUACAAAGACACCACACAGGACAGGAGAGAAUGUAUAGUUACUGUAUGAAGGGGAAAAACAAUUUGUCUGCCCAUCCAAGUACCUCCUGGAAAGCCCUGUGGGUUGAUGAAGGCCCAGGUUGAGAACCUUUGCUCUGGACAGUGGCAAAGGCUGUGCCUCCCAGCGUCCGACAUGUAGCCUUUAGUCGUUAAGUCAACCUUACAGGUGCAUAAAGUCAGGCCUGUGUGUGACAACCAGUGCUGGCAGCAGCUGGGAUGAUUGUUUUGCUCAAAGGUAGUAAUAGCCACCAGGGACUCUAUUAAGUAAACAUUAAAGAAUGUUUACACUUUUCAUUGUUUCAUGAAAAUGUUGCUCACUGUUUGCUUCAGAAAAUUGCUCCAUCACAUAAUGAUGAAAAUAUCCCAAGAAAAUACUAUUUCUUUUCUUUAUAGAAAUGUUUACAAGGUUUUCCUAAGAAAAUACUAUUUCUUUUUUCUAUAGAAAUGUUUGCAAGGUUUUCUUGGCUUGAUAAAUCUGAUUUUUUAAAACACGGGUUUGUCAAAGUGAAAGUGAGUGUGGUGGAAGCCUUGGGCCAGGCUCUGGGAGUGUUGUGGUGUAAUGGGCAUUGGCAGCCACGGGAGUGCCCUCAUCAAAACCUCAGGCCCAUGUUGGAGCUGUUCUUGGUUGUCUUUUUGUACAAGCAGCAGAAUACAAACAUAACUAUGCUUAGCACCCACAUGUAAAUAUGUGAAUGGAAGAAAAUGCAGAAAAGAACUUGAAUAAAACUAAACAAAGCAAA